AUGGAUCCCUACUCUGCCGAAGGCGAAUUGAUCAACAUCCACAACCACUUCCACCAGGGCCAGUACCAGGAGGUCAUCGACUUCGACACCUCGUCCUUCUCCCCUGACAACGCCCUUCCCGCGCGCGUCCUCGUCCUCCGAGCCAGACUGGCCCUCGGUCAAGCUGAAGAUGUCCUCGCCGAUGUGAAGGGGGAGUCGGAUCCUGCCCUUGAAGCUCUGGGUGCCCUGGCCGAGCUCAGCCUGGGCAAGGUCGACUCUGCCGUCAAGACCGUCGAGAAGCUGGCUGCGUCGUCGGCCGACAACACAACCGUUCUUAUUGUUGGAGGAACAGUACUCCAGGCUGCUGGAAAGUCUGACGAGGCCCUUGCGCUCCUCACGCAACAUCAGGGAAGCCUUGACGCCGUCGCCCUGAUCGUCCAAAUCCACCUCCAACAAAACCGAACCGACCUCGCUCUGAAGGAAGUCUCUGCUGCGCGACGAUGGGCUCAGGAUAGUCUCCUGGUGAACCUGGCUGAGUCUUGGGUUGGAUUGAGAGUGGGCGGAGAAAAGUACCAGCAGGCGUUCUACGUCUUUGAGGAGCUCGCGCAAGCUCCCUCGACCUCAUCAGUGCGAAGCCUCGUCUCGCAAGCAGUCUGCGAGCUCCACCUCGGAAGGACAGAAGAGGCCCAGGCCGCCCUGGACCAAGCUCUGGAGAAGGACGCCAACUCGGCUGAUGCCAUCGCCAACUUGCUUGUCCUGAAUGUGAUUUCAGGCAACGACGCCAAGGAGCUUACUGAGAAGCUCAAGACCGCCGACGCCAACCACCAGUUCCUGGCCGACCUGGAGGAGAAGAGCGCACUGUUCGACAAGGCCGCCACAAAGUACAGCCCCAAGGUUUCGGCAUGA